GGUACACCAUCAGUGUACUGUUUUAUCCAUCGUGUUUUUGCGUGAUUUAUUUCGAGACAAAUUCUUUGUUUAUUAGUUAACUGUAAAUCAUUAUUGUUGUAAAGAUAAAUAAGAAAACUUGAAUUUAUUCGAGAUCUUCACAUUUGGUCUUGUCAUUCAUAAUAAAAUCAGUAACAUAAUGCAGGACCCGAAUGAAGACACUGAAUGGAACGAUGUUUUGCGAGCCAAAGGGAUUAUUCCACCAAAGAAAGAGAAAGAAAUAACUGAAGAUGAUAUAAUUGGCAUGAUAGAAAACACUAUUGAGCAGAAACAGAACGGCGACAAAGAUCUAGCUAAACUCGCUUUAGACGAACUAGAUGAACUGGAAGACUCAGAAGACGAAGCAGUACUACUGGAAUACCGUAAAAAAAGAAUAGCAGAAAUGCAAGCGUUAGCCCAAAGGGCAAAAUUCGGUUCCGUAGUUGAAAUUUCUGGUCAAGAUUAUGUUGAGGAAGUGACAAAAGCUGGAUCUGAUAUCUACGUUAUAUUGCAUCUUUAUAGCCGCGGUGUUCCAUUUUGUGCAUUAAUCAAUCAACAUAUGUCUCAGCUGGCAGUAGCAUUCCCAGCCACAAAAUUUGUCCGAGCCAUAGCGACAACUUGUAUUCCAAACUAUCCCGAAAGAAAUCUGCCUACAAUUUUUAUCUACUACGAAGGACAACUAAAAAAGCAGUUUGUGGGAGAAGUCGAACUCGGUGGCCCAAACCUAACAUGUGAAGAGUUGGAGUACAUGCUGGGACAGACAAAAGCAAUCCAAACGAGCAUCACGGACGAUCCUCGAAAAGCUAAGGCCGUCAAAGAUAAAAUGUUUGCCGAUCUUGCCGACAGUAAUGAUUGGUAAACGUUUUCCUCCAAUAAUUUGUUUGUUCAUUUAUUUUUGUAACGAAAUAAAAUGUUUAUUUUAUUUAUUCUAAUCUUGAA